AUGCCUGCAGCACCAAUGACCUCUGCCGCCAGGCUUAUCUCAAACCCUAACUUCAAGAGUGGCUGGGGAGCAGUCCUCACCGCACGGACUAAUCAAGUAAUCCGCAGUGUGAAGAAGGAAGCCGACGGAAUGUAUCGACUACAAACCGCAAGAGAUCGACCUAUCUCUCCGACUUCCAUCUACACUUCCUUAUUCUGGGAGGCACGUAAUUUUAGAAAAUCAUCAAUCGUCUAUACGCCCGCGGUUGAUGACGAUCUCCCACUUUUCUCAGAGGAAGGUAAAGGUUUUGAUAAGGCUCGAAAGGAAAUUUGUCGAAAGGAAUUUGAGAACAUCAACGAUGCUGAAUUUCAUCCGCUGUUUAAACCCAUGCGUGAUUGUAAAUUCACGCUAUGGCCUAUUCACCUACCGGUACAGGACGUCUGGGUUACCGUCAUCCUACAGAUUGGGGCAAUCUCCACGAACUCUCAAGCGUCCCCUACUCUCUUCGACCGAGAGGUGCUUGCAUGUGCUAUUAUCGACCCUUUACCAAAUGACCGUGACGAUCGAAGACACUUUAUUCUGGAAAGGUUGGCGGAAAUCUUAGAAGAUGGCUGCAUUCAUUUACCUGACAGCGCUAUGAUUGAAAGUUUUACGACAGACGACGUCCCCGAAGCAUGGGCAACAGGACAUGUGGCUUAUGCUGUAUGCCGAGAAUUUAUUCGCCGACUGAAGGUUCUCAACUACCAAGAGGAUUGUGGCCGUGCUGUGAACACUGAUCUACUCUGGACUGAAUUUGAGGAGCAUCAUGACAUAGACUCCUACCGAGAAUCAAUGAUGGCUGCCUGUGCGCAUCGUACGAUUCGAAAAUCUGGAUAUGUUGUACGAAUGGCACUCGAGGUUCCUAGUGAGAAGUCGAACUACUAUCCCGACAGUUUAAAUCCAUUCUUCGAAGACCAACCGGACGAGUGGUUUACAAAAUCCAAGGCAAAGUCAGCCCGUAAGACACAAGUCAAGACUCCCAAGAAAGAUGAGAGUGUCACGGCUCCAGUCUCAACUGCUGUGUCAGAGCAUGGGUCAGACGUGUCGCAACCGAAUGACCUGGAAUCAGAUGGUCAUGACUCGGACCAAGAUGCGGAUGUAGAGCAAGUACCCGAGAGUGAUGUAUACACCCCUACGAAACCUGCAUUCGAUGGUCAUGACAAGCCUAUGGGGAGUCCAGUCCUCGAAAACAUCGAAAACAUCAAGAGCGAAGAACCUCAUGCUUACGAAGCAGUCGUAAUCGACAGUUAUCAAGGUCUCCAAGAACAGGGAAACACUUGCCCGGGUCCUAUCAUCCCAGAACCUUUAAGAGAAGCAACUCCGGUUCCAGUUGCUGAAGUACAAGCUACCCCUGAAGAAGCAGAAUCUAGCUGCCCGAGCCCAGCAAAGCGUAAGCUAGAUGAACUAGAUGGAGUAGAUGACAGAGAGGAGCCUCCCAUGAAGAAAGCGAAAAUCGAGGAUGAUGAAAAAAUCGAGGACAUUGAAAGAAUCGAGGAUGCUGAAUAG